AUGAAGAAAAUAGUAUUUUUCAUUCUCAUGUGCUUUGUGUGUGAAAUUUAUUGUAAUAAGAAAUUAUUAUUAAAGACGAAAAAUAAUCAUGUUUCUUUCGACAAUAAGCAAAAUAAAGCACUGGAUUCAUUAGGUUUACCAAAAACUUUUUUAUUUAAACCAAAAUUUGCAUGUAGUUGUAUAUUAUCAACAGCCAAGUGCAAUGGAUUUAUUUACGGAAACAAAACUCAUACAGUUAUGUUCGAUAUAAGAAUAACAAAUUUGGGUUUGGAACCAGUUUCUUGUCCAAUGGGAGAAGUUAAUUGUUGCAAGUAUAAUAAUAAUAAUAACAAUAAUAAUAUGCCUCCUAAACCUAAAAAAUGUGGGGAAAGAAUUAUUGCCUCGAAUCAGCUUAAAAUUAACGAUCAAUCUGCAUAUGGUGCUUAUCCAUGGCACGCUGAGAUCAUAGAUCUUAAUAAUCAAUAUAUUGGCGCAGGUGUUAUUAUUGAUGAUUCUCAUAUAAUUACUGUAGCACAUUUAGUUUAUAAAUUAGAAAAUAAAUAUAAAAUAAGACUUGGUAAAUGGAAUAGAACAAGUAAAACGGAACAAUUUCUUGAAGUAAAACCAUUGUCAACAAAAAUUCACGAGGCAUUUAAUAUAGAACUUCUUUUUAAUGAUAUAGCUAUCAUUAAGAUUGAUCGAAAAAUUGUAUUUCAUAAUUAUGUCAAUAUUAAUGCUGCUUGCCUUCCAACUGCAAUUCCUCCUUCUGGUAUCAUAUGCUGGACUGCAGGAUGGGGAAAGAAUAAUUUUACCAGUGACAAAUAUGAAAAUAUUUUAAAAGAAAUUGAUUUACCAAUAGUUGAUCACGGAACUUGUGAAAAGCAAUUUCAAAAGACAAGACUUGGAUCUGAUUUCAAGUUAGAUUCCAAAACUUUUAUUUGUGCUGGUGGUCAACUAGGAAAGGACAGUUGCACGGGCGAUGGAGGAGGUGCAUUGAUUUGUCAGCCAUUAAACGGACGAUUUGAAAUUGUAGGAUUGACUGCCUGGGGAAUUGGUUGUGGUCAACAAAAUGUUCCAGGAGCUUAUGUACAUGUUUACAAUUAUCUUGAUUGGUUAAAAAGAAAUAUGUAA